AUGACACAUAAAAGUCAACUUGCCAAUAUGGCGGACGAAAACGAAGAAGCGAUUCCGAAAACCGACUCGAAAGAAAACACUGUCGAAGAAGACCAGCCCGAUACCGAAGAACAACAACCAGAAGAACCACCGGAAGAACCGCAAUCAGAAGAACCACAAGGACCACCAGAAGAACCACAAGCACCACCAGAAGAACAACCACAUGAUGGAAACCAAGAAGAACAAACUGAAAAUACAGCACUGGAACCUCAAGCUGAAGGUGCACCCGCAGACGAAAAUAUUGUCGAGGUAACAGAUGAAGUUCCAGAAAUGGUGGAUCGGAAAUCAGUGCCAAGUAGAGAAAGGUCCUUCGGCAAAUCCAAUUCGACGUUGAAGGUCCCUAAACGGUCUCAGGACUCAGGGGCUCUGAGACCCUCGCGCGAGCUGAGCCGGCGCGGCAACAAAGAGGGUCUCAGCAGCCGAGCGAAGAUCGUGGUGGGGGACGUGAUCGACAUCAGAAGAUCCGAUCUGGCGGGGGACGUGUGCGACAGAAGGCCGGCCAAGUACAUGAACUCCUACGUGAUGAGCUCUCAGAAUCCCUUCAAUCCCGAAAAGGUCAUGAAGAUUAUGAAAACUGUGAUGGAAGAAGCGAUGGCCCACCUAUCCUACGAUCCUCAAGCCUGUAACAAGCAGGCCAAAUGGGCGUCUGCCUCCGUGAGGUCUAAGGUGAGACAGUUGAAUUACCACAGAUACAAAAUCGUAUCGGUCGUGACCAUAGGAGAAAAACACUCUCAGGACAUCUUCAGUACGUGUAGAUUUCUCUGGGAUGCAGAGAAAGAUAGAUAUUCUUCUUAUGUCGUAGAGAAUACUAAUGUGUAUGGUAUUGGACUUUGUUUCGGUAUGUACUAUGAGUGA